UAUCAUGGCAGCAAGCACAGGGGCUUCAGGAUGGCUAAGGGGCAAGGUGAAGGCUGUGACAUCUGGAGACUGCCUUCUCAUCAUGGGGAGCACAAAGGCAGAGAUUCCACCAGAGAAGUCCAUCACUCUGUCAUACCUAAUGGCCCCAAGGCUGGCUCGUCGUGGUGGAGUGGAUGAGCCAUUUGCUUGGGAAAGCAGGGAGUAUCUGAGGAAACUCUGCGUAGGAAAGGAGGUCACAUUUAGAGUGGAUUACACUGCUCCUAACAUCGGACGAGAAUUUGGCACUGUCUACCUUGGCGACAAGAACGUUGCCUACUUGGUGGUUGCUGCAGGAUGGGCAAGGGUGAAGGAGCAAGGCCCCAAGGGGGGUGAACCACUCCCAAAUGUCUCUGAGCUUCUGAGGUUGGAGGAAGUUGCUAAGCAACAGGGUUUAGGCCGUUGGAGCAAGGAACCUGGUGCUGCUGAAGAUUCGAUAAGAGAUCUUCCACCAUCAGCAAUUGGCGAACUAAGUGGUUUUGAUGCAAAGGGUUUUGCAGUUGCAAAUUAAGGCAAGAGUCUGGAAGCCAUUGUCGAACAAGUUCGUGAUGGCAGUACCAUUCGUGUUUACUUGCCUCCAAGUUUCCAA